CUUGAAGAUUCGAAUCGGAGAAGUCCGUGGAAGAGGAAGAGGAAGAGGAAGAAGAAGAAGACGAUGUCUGUGCAAGAGUAUUUAGACAAGCACAUGCUUUCUCGGAAAAUCGAAGACGCCGUUAAUGCCGCCGUUAGGGCUAAAACCUCAGAUCCCGUUCUCUUCAUCGCGAAUCAUAUGAAGAAAGCUGUAUCAUCGGUGAUAACGAAGGUUAAAGCACGACAGAUCCUUGAUAGCAGAGGAAUUCCAACAGUUGAAGUUGAUCUUCACACUAAUAAAGGCGUUUUUCGUGCUUCUGUUCCCAGUGGUGAUUCUUCUGGAACGUAUGAAGCUAUUGAGCUACGUGAUGGAGACAAAGGAAUGUAUCUUGGAAAUAGUGUGGCUAAAGCUGUUAAGAACAUUAAUGAAAAAAUUUCAGAGGCGUUGAUUGGUAUGGACCCAAAACUUCAGGGUCAGAUAGAUCAGGCUAUGAUAGAUUUGGAUAAAACUGAAAAGAAGAGUGAACUUGGUGCUAAUGCUAUACUUGCUGUGUCAAUUGCGGCAUGCAAGGCUGGAGCUGCUGAGAAAGAAGUCCCUCUGUGCAAGCACCUUUCUGAUCUUAGUGGCAGAGCAAACAUGGUGUUACCUGUACCUGCGUUCACUGUUUUGAGUGGCGGGAAGCAUGCUUCGAAUACUUUUGCCAUUCAGGAAAUUAUGAUUCUCCCAAUUGGAGCAAGUAGAUUUGAGGAGGCCCUGCAAUGGGGAUCUGAGACAUAUCAUCAUUUAAAGGCUGUCAUUGCAGAAAAGAAUGGUGGUUUGGGAUGUAAUGUUGGUGAAGAUGGUGGCCUUGCUCCAGAUAUCUCGAGCCUCAAGGAAGGUUUGGAGCUUGUAAAAGAAGCUAUCAACCGAACAGGGUACAAUGAUAAGAUAAAGAUAGCCAUUGAUGUUGCCGCCACUAAUUUUUGUUUAGGUACCAAGUAUGAUCUAGAUGUCAAGUCUCCAAAUAAAUCUGGGCAAAAUUUCAAGUCAGCGGACGAUAUGAUAGAUAUGUACAAAGAAAUUUGUAAUGAGUAUCCAAUCGUGUCUAUAGAAGACCCUUUUGACAAGGAGGACUGGGAACACACCAAGUAUUUUUCCAGUCUUGGAAUAUGUCAGGUGGUAGGUGACGAUUUAUUGAUGUCAAAUUCAAAACGUGUUGAGCGUGCCAUACAGGAGUCUUCUUGUAAUGCUCUUCUUCUCAAGGUGAAUCAGAUUGGUACAGUAACAGAAGCCAUUGAAGUAGUGAAAAUGGCAAGGGAUGCCCAGUGGGGUGUGGUGACAUCUCAUAGAUGUGGAGAAACAGAGGACUCUUUCAUCUCUGACUUAUCCGUGGGUCUCGCAACAGGUGUGAUAAAAGCUGGUGCUCCUUGCAGAGGAGAACGUACUAUGAAGUAUAACCAGUUGCUACGGAUAGAGGAAGAGCUCGGGGAUCAAGCAGUGUAUGCUGGAGAAGAUUGGAAGCUAUCUCUCUAAACAAAAUGCACAUGUGAUAUAAUUGUUACACUUCUCGUCUUACUUCAUUGUUCUCGAGUCUAUUUCUCACGCAGACAAAUUUCUGUGUC